AACAGAAGUCUGUAGUAGUGUUGCGAGUGGCGCACAGACGCUCUUCUCACACAGCUGCCCAAUCGGCUUCCUCGAUUCGUGACAGCAGGCCAAUCGCAGAGCCCGCGUCAGACUGAAAACUAUUCAACAUGGAGACAACAGUUGAAAAGCUUGAAGCGAUGUUCCUCAAGUCAGAGGCAGACCUGGAAUACAUCGAGAAGCGGCUAAAGCUGGACUUCAUCAACAAUGCUGCAGAGAAUAGAUGUCCCACCGAGGUGGAGAACCCGGCGGUGAUGCUGGAGAACCUGAGGGCCAUCAAGGCCAAACACACAGCGUUGUGCUCUCAGGUGAAGGAGAUCGCCGCUGCACAGAAAGAGUCUAUGGAUUCCAUCACAAACAACCUCAGCAGUGUCAUGGACCUGAUCCAACACUUCCAACAGACUACUGAUGUGGAGGUUCAGCCACUGACAGAGUCAGUGCAGGAGUCAGCAGAGCUCUUGGGUUCCACUGUCCGUGAGACCACGACUGAGGUGCUUCCUGCUGCAGCAGCUUCGGGCCAACAGCAAACACUGAGCUGUGAGUAUGAGGAGCUGAGCGAAGCGAUGCUGGAGGCGGUCCCUCUCAGUAUACUCUCCAAAAUCAAGCUGGAUGACCUCAACGUGUUCUACAAGCAGCUGCAGCAGCACUUCAGCAGGAACAGCAGUGGCUCCCUCAGCAUACAGAAGAUGAAGCAGCUGAAGAUGAAAGUGAGCGAAGCCAAGCUGAAGGUCCUGCAGCACCUCUCUUUAGUGGAGCUGGACAAGAAAGGCCACGUUCGUCUUGUGAUGUGAGGUGGUGGAUUAACACCUGGACACUGUUGAUAGGGUGCGUGGUGUCACUGGAUUUGGUGCUCCUCAUCAGUGAUUAACCUCUGUAACCCCCCCCCCCCUUGUGUUAGUGAGCCAUUCUUCAGCCCCAUUUACAGUGAGCAGGUUUUUUAGGGUGAGUCAUCCAGAAACAUGCAUGAAUACAGCAAAACACGUUUAAGGAGAAAUGUUCCCUUUGCUGAAAUGCAGCAUUUAUUUUAUUCACUCACAGGGCAAUGUUCUGCUGCUUUUGCUUUUGAUACUGUUCAGCAAAAAGAUGUCCCACGCAGCUACGUGCUGAUAUAAAGAAUAUAAAGAGUAGCUUCACAGUGGUCUAACCAGCUCCUCCCUCUGGUUGAAAGUUUCAUUCUUGUUUCAGCUCUGACAGCACACAACUCCGGUUCCUGGAGUACACCUGUACAUCCCUGCAGCAAGAAGUCCAAAGAUUUUCAGGGGUCUUAAGUUAAUCUUUAACUAGUUGCGUGAUCAGACUGGACUGACGUCAGGGACUGCGGAUCUGACUCGUCAUACUCUCCGUCAUGUGGGUCUUAUGUGUACAUACUUACAAAACAUUUGACAGCUCAUUUUUCUUACAUGUGAAAGGGCCGUUAGAAAAUGUGCACCCUUAGUGUUGUGUAUGUAGGGCUGGGUACUGAACUGUCAAAAACUCGGUUACGUCAAACAUCUGCUCAGAUAAAAAUGAAGUCUGUUUGGCUUAUUGUUUAAUCAGAUAUUUCCUGAGGAAUUUAAAAACACGUUUAUAGUAGCAGUACUGAUACACGUCACACUGCAGGCCUAGCUGGAUGUUCUAUGAAUUGACCUUUUCUCCCACAGCUGACACAUUGAGUAACUCUACAGCGAAGUGAAAUGAUUUGAGUUGUAAUAAAGGUCUUUAUAUACAUCUGCAUAUGAGUCAUGCUGACAUUCCUGUACUAUAUAGAACUCUGAAUCAAAGGAAACCAAGAUGAAACCCAAAUGAGCAAUACUAGUGUCAAUUAUGGGCACUGGCUGACAGUCAGAUUCACCUUCACAUCUGUGGACAAUUCAGAGUUGUUGACGUGAGAAGAAACGUGUAAGGUUAGGUGGCAUUUAACAUCCUUGCUUGGACUGCUCUUCCUCUGAGGAGAGGGGAGGCUCUAAAAUGGAACCUUAUGGGCUGUCAGAGGAAACACAAGUGGAAUGAUCAGAUUGUUGUAUAUAAUUUUUAUUUGCACAUCUCCAAACAACACAAUGUAUAAUAAACCCGUUUGCAGAAA